UGGCAGCACUUAGUAAAUUGACAUUUGCUAUGUUUAACACACAUAACCUUAAUUUUUAAACUUAUUUUAGGGAACUAGGCAAUAAAUUGCAAAUAUAUAAAAGAAAAUGCCUCCUAAAAAGGAUAAUAAAGGCAAAGACAAUAAAGGUGCUGCUGGUGGCAAAAAAGGAGGAGGAGCUGCUGAAGAAAAAGGCAAAGAAAAGAAAGGUGGUAAUGCUGUUAAGGUAAGACAUAUUUUGUGUGAAAAACAAGGCAAAAUAAUGGAGGCCAUGGAGAAACUAAAAGCCGGUCAAAAGUUCCCUGAGGUAGCUGCCGCCUACAGUGAAGAUAAAGCACGUUCCGGUGGUGACUUGGGCUGGCAAAUACGUGGCGCUAUGGUAGGUCCCUUCCAAGAUGCUGCCUUUGCUUUGCCUAUUUCAACAGUCAACAAUCCUGUAUACACUGAUCCACCAAUUAAAACUAAGUUUGGCUACCAUAUUAUAAUGGUAGAAGGCAAGAAAUAGGAAAUUAAUUAUUCAUCCCUUGCUAAAAAAUUACUAAAAAUUUGUUGGAAACUGAAAAAUGAUAAGAAGAUAAAGGGUUAUAAUAUAAUAAAUCGUGAAACUCUUUUUGUGAAGAUUACUAUGCUUAAUGAGGAUGUUAAGUCUCUCAAUUUUCACGAAUGUAUUAGCUAUUUUAAACUAAAUUACCAAUAAGUAUACCUAAACACCUAUAUCUUAAUCUAUUUACUGUAUUUUUCCUUUUGUAAUGUAAAAUACCGUAAGCUUAUAUUUUUUAUUUUUUAUAUUAAGAUGGCUCUUUUCAUAUUGAAAAUGUUUAAAAUUACAAAUAACUUUUUAUAUAUCACUUUUUGGCUCCCACUAAUAUAUGUGUAUUGUCGUGAA